AUGGCUUUACAAUGCAGCGAAGAAUUUGCCGCGCUGAAAGGGAAAACAAACUAUGUAGAGUGCAAUUUAAAAAGUAUAAAAAAUCGUAACGACUGUAAUAAUGAAAAUUUGAAAUUGAAUACAGCUGCAAAUAAUGAUUUGAUGCAAAAACCAAUUUUAUGGUCUGAUGCAGUUAAAAUACCAGCUGAGGUAAAUGUGCUGCCACUUACAGAUAAAAUACCAGUUGAGGUAGAUGCAUCACCAUUCACUGUUGUAAACAGACCGAGGAAAAACCAAAACAAAAAUAUUCCUGAAAUGAAGAGUGAUGAAAAUAUCGUUAACACCGAAACUGGAAAAAAGAAAAAAAGUGUCAAAAAGAUAAUUGGAAACAAAGAUAGUGAAGAUUGUAAACUAAAGGCGAAUAAGAUUUUGAUUAAAAAAUCUUUCUUUUCAGUAAGUAACGUGAUAAAGUGUCACAGAGAUGAUGUAGUUGAAUAUCUAAAGUCAAAUGAUAUUAAUGUGUUAUUGUGUUACCCAGUGUUGAAGCGUUCAGAAAUGGCAAACGAUAGCACACCUGAUAUUGAAAAUGAGCAUUCAACAAUGUUUCGAGUUUGUGUAGAAAGUUGUGACAGCAAUAAAAUGAAAAAUCCUGAUAUCAUUCUGAAACAUAUUAUUGUAAGAGACUGGCACUUUAAAGAAAAAAAACCCGCAAAUAAUUUCGACAACAACCAUGGAUCAUAUUAUUGUAAGAGACUUGCACUUUAA